GCGGCGAAUGAGCGACUCGCUUUCCGUGCGGUGAGGCGGCGACGACUGCUCGGUUUUCCUCCUCCUCUGCCGCGGGGCCAGCUCCCCUGACGGUAUCCAUCUGCCCUUAAGUCUGGCCGGUACCCCUUAUCUCCGCAAUGCCCCCUAAGAAACAGGCUCAGGCCGGGGGCAGCAAAAAGGCGGAGCAGAAAAAGAAGGAGAAGAUUAUCGAAGACAAAACUUUCGGUUUAAAAAAUAAGAAAGGAGCGAAGCAACAGAAGUUUAUUAAGGCUGUCACUCAUCAAGUUAAAUUUGGUCAACAAAAUCCACGUCAGGUAGCACAGAGUGAAGCUGAAAAGAAAUUGAAGAAAGAUGACAAGAAGAAAGAAUUACAGGAGCUAAAUGAGCUGUUCAAACCUGUAGUUGCUGCUCAAAAAAUAAGUAAAGGUGCAGAUCCCAAGUCUGUGGUCUGUGCAUUCUUCAAGCAAGGACAGUGUACUAAGGGAGAUAAGUGUAAAUUCUCUCAUGACUUGACUCUGGAGAGAAAAUGUGAAAAAAGAAGUGUUUACAUUGAUGCAAGAGAUGAAGAACUUGAGAAAGAUACUAUGGAUAAUUGGGAUGAGAAAAAGCUGGAAGAAGUAGUGAACAAGAAGCACGGUGAGGCGGAAAAGAAAAAACCAAAAACUCAAAUAGUGUGCAAGCAUUUUCUUGAAGCUAUUGAAAACAACAAAUAUGGCUGGUUUUGGGUAUGCCCUGGAGGUGGUGAUAUGUGCAUGUACCGUCAUGCACUUCCUCCUGGAUUUGUCUUAAAAAAAGACAAAAAGAAAGAAGAGAAAGAAGAUGAAAUUUCAUUAGAAGAUCUCAUUGAAAGAGAGCGUUCUGCACUAGGUCCAAAUGUUACCAAAAUCACUCUAGAAUCUUUUCUUGCAUGGAAAAAAAGGAAAAGACAAGAAAAGAUCGAUAAACUUGAACAAGAUAUGGAAAGAAGGAAAGCUGACUUCAAAGCAGGGAAAGCAUUAGUGAUCAGUGGUCGUGAAGUGUUUGAAUUUCGUCCUGAACUGGUCAAUGAUGAUGAUGAAGAAGCCGAUGAUACCCGUUACACCCAGGGAACAGGUGGUGAUGAGGUUGAUGAUUCCAUGAGCGUAAAUGACAUAGAUUUAAGCUUGUAUAUCCCAAGAGAUGUAGAUGAAACAGGUAUUACUGUAGCCAGCCUUGAACGAUUCAGCACAUAUACUUCAGAUAAAGAUGAAAACAAAUUAAGUGAAGCUUCUGGAGGCAGGGCUGAAAAUGGUGAAAGAAGUGAUUUGGAAGAUGACACCGAAGGGGAGGGACGGGAAAAUGGAGUCAUUGAUGCUGUUCCUGUUGAUGAAAAUCUUUUUACUGGGGAAGAUUUGGAUGAACUAGAAGAAGAAUUAAACACACUUGAUUUAGAAGAAUGACACCAGAUAAGCCAGUGAAAAAAUAAGUCAGCUCAGCAUGAGUUGAAAUUGACUACAUUAAGUUUUUCCACCUAGAAUCAGCAGGAUGCUUAUUUCUCAUGCUGACUCUGGAGGGCUUAGCCUCCUCCAAGAAAAGGAACAUUCUCUCUACAUCUUCUCUUCUGACUUUGACUACAUCUCAUAGUAAGUUCAGCGUAGUUCAUGAUAAAUUGAGAAUAUAAUGGUCAUUGCAGAAAAUGAUUGAUCGUUGUAACUGUCCACACAAGUAGGAAGUUUAACUGCUUUUCCAGCUUUUGGUUUUCAUUGGGCAUGUGUUAUUACAAGGAACAACAUAAAUUUACAUUUAAAAAUACCCUUCAUUUGAUGCAGUUUUUAAAUGAAUGAUUUCAUUUUCUUUGUAUUUAUAUGUUUAAAAGAUUGCCUGAAACAUGAACACUGUACUUCAUAAAGCAAACUUGAUGUGCAGAUUCAGUAUUGUAUAUGUUUGGACAAUUUGAUGGACAUUUAAAAUGGAACUUCUUUAUUCUGACAAGAUCAGCAAUGAUGCCCUGUGUUAAACUGUUUAAAAGUUUUCCCUCUUUUUUUGCCAAUAAAAUUGUAAAUAAAGACCAUCAUACAAUAAAGUCUAUAAAUAUGG